AUGCUCCGGUGUCACAGGCGGGUGGUGACGCUGGAGAAGGCAGCGGAGGAGGCGUUUGGCUUCGAGAUCCAGACGUACGGGCUGCACCACCAGAAGAGGAACCGUGUGGAGAUGUUCACCUUCGUGUCCCGUGUGCGUGACGGCAGCCCGGCUGCUGCCGCGGGGCUCCAAGCCGGUGACACCAUCACGGGCAUCAACGGGCUCAACGUGGAGGGCGUGCGGCACCGGGAGAUCGUGGAGAUCAUCAAGAGCUCCGGUGACGUGCUCAAGCUGGACACGCUCUACGGCACCUCGGUGCGCAGGGCCGAGCUGGAGGCCCGGCUGCAGUACCUCAAGCAAACACUCUACGAGAAGUGGGGCGAGUACCGCUCGCUGAUGGUGCAGGAGCAGCGCCUGGUGCGCGGCGUGGUGGCCAAGGACCCCAGCAUCUACGCGACGCUGGAGUCGCUGCGCUGGUGCCUGCGGGGCACGGGGCUGCCGGGGGGCUCCUCGCCGCCGCUCAGCGCCGCCAUUGGCGGCGGCAGCGGCGCGGAUGGGGCAGCGCGGCGGCGGUGGCGGCAGCCCGGCCCGGGCGCGGACACCGAGCCGACGGCGGCGGGGCCGGGAACCGGGAGCCGGUGGCAAGGAGGUAACGGGCGGCGGGGCGGAGGCGGAGGAGGGGGCUUCACUGGUCGUGACCGGGCGUUCCCGGUGGCUUUGCCUCCGCCGAUGACCGUGCACCCGCGGGACAACUGUGCGUCCUGCCCGGCCGCGCAUCCUCCGGCGGCCACGGGCUCCCCGCGCAUCCCCGGGGACUGUGCAGCCCUGUCCUCCUUCACCCGCCGGUGA